AUGAAGUAUAUCGAAUUACCCUCUCUUACUGCAUUGGCAUCUUCACUUUCGCACCAAGGCUCCGAAUGCAACGUUUCUGUUAGACUCGAGGCCUAUUCGUGCAAGAAUAUCAAGCGUGAUAAACGGCUCUUCAGAGAUUUGGAAAAGGUUUACUGGGACGACAUGGGUGUAUUGGAGACAAUGAAGUUUGACCCCGGAGAAGAACAUUCAAAGUCUUCACCAGCAGAAGGAUCGUCUUCCCAUACAUUACCCCACUCGUACCUUGCGCAGGCUCAUUCAUCGCUUUCGACCCCUUUUGGACCGCUCGGCUCACCGCAGUCCAGAAAAACUCUCUAUCUCCUCAUUUCCACGCUCAAUGUGGCAUUUCCUGACUACAUUUUCGAUUCAGUAAAGCCUUCGUCAUUUGUUCACCUCGAAUCAGGGGCACAAAUACUCAACGCACUAAGCACCACAUUACUCGCCAGCCAGACUUCGGUGCGGUCUCAUACUUCUCGCCACAAUUCGGGUUAUGCCUCCAUGGCUUACGGCGCGUAUCCUGCUGCGCAGGGCCUAGGUUUCGGUGUUGCUCAAGGUAGUCCGGGUAGUCCCUACGAAUUUGUUAAGGAAAGUCCUUGCGCUCCGUCCAGUGUCAUCUCUGGUACCCAUCCCGAAGUCUAUGCGCUUCUUGACGAUGUCAUCGGCCCUCUUGAUGAAUGCGAGGUUUUCGAGUACGUCCCAGAGCCAGAAGAGGAUCCGAAUGCUGGAGAGGGAGAGGAAGAAGGCGACGAGGAUUUUGAAGACGAGUUCGAAGGAUAUUCACCUGACGAAGUACAUGUGUUUACUUUGGAUGAAGAUAUAAACACCCAAUCAUAUAAUCAGCCCCAUUCUACACUCUCUACUCCUGUUACUCCGCGGGAUGCGGUUCUAUCCACCUCUGCCAAUCCUAUAUCUCCUUUCGAUGAAUCAUACCGGCCGCUGUCACCGACUCGCUUGACUCUUCGUACACCCUCGCGUUCUAGCUCUUCAAUUUUACCUUCAUCCUACCCACCUAUGCAUCCGACCUCGUCCAGUGGUGGUAAUACACUUCUCUGGUCGUCGCACUGGUUCUUCCUCAAUCGCAAGCAGAAACGGAUACUAUAUGUAACUGUGUGGGCCAGAAAGCGUUCCAUGGAUUCCAUGCCCGAGACGCCUGUAGACGAGGAGUUGUUUGUCUACGGGAGCGAACCCACUCAUCAACUUUAUGCAUCUGUUGCUAGACGCAACAGACGAAUACGCAAAUUUUCGGAAUCGGAUGAAAGCGACGUUAGUCCUGUGUCGAUGAGAUUCCCGACUGCAGGCAAAGAGCGCUUCUUAGGUUGGGAAGGGGCGGCUGGUUUAGUACGGGAAUCAGUAAGCGGACUCGAAGGGCCCUCCGGCACUCAACACGAGUCAAAAGCAGCUCAAUGA